AUGGGUGAAAGAGCAUCAGGCUCAAGGAAUUUGAUAGUGCUGCUCUCCAUAAUCAUUUCCCUAUUUGGGCUGGCAGGAAAUGCAUCUGUGAUCUGGUUCUUGGGUUUCCGCAUGCACAGAAAUGCCUUUUACAUCUACAUCCUAAACCUGGCUGCUGCUGACUUCCUCCUUCUCUGCCUCUAUGUUACUACUUACCUGAUAGAAUUCAUCAAAAACAUCUUGAAUAUUCACAUUGUUUCCUAUAGCAUUAUACAAAUGGGGCCUGGCCCUGCUAGGUCCAAGCAGAAGCCUCUGACCAGGCUGUGUGUUACCAUCCUGCUCACGGCUUUGGUCUUCUUUUGUGGUCUGCCCUUCAGGGUCUGUUUGUUCUUGUUAAUCAGAAUUCAGAAAUAUAUUAUCACAAAUAGUUUCCUUUUUCUGUCUUCACUUGUCUUGUCCUCUGUUAACAGCUCUGCCAACCCCAUCAUUUACUUCUUCUUUGGCUUCUUUAGGCAGCAGUUUCAGGCACGGAACCUCAAGCUGGUGCUUGAGCGGGCUCUGCAAGACACUCCUGAGGAAGGUGAAUGUGGAGGCAGCCUUCCUCAGGGAACCCUGGAGAUGUCAGGCAGCAGAGUGGAGCAGGGGUGA